AUGCUGUGGUAUGGUUGUUGUGAAGCAGAUGUGGAGGACAUGUCGUCAGUGCAAAUGGAAGGAGAUUGUGGUGGUGUGGAGGAUUAUGGAACGUUGAGGGCAUCAGAGGAUGGAAUUUUGCCAAUUGGAGGUGUGUGGUGUGAUAUGCCGGAGGUGCGUGUAAUUGAAUUGGAGGAUAACGGUCCGUGGUGUGGCAUGGUGCUGGAUUUUUUAAUGAUUGUGGAUAGGAAUUUGGAGAUCACACUUUCAAAAACCAAACGCAGCGCGAAUCACAAGAUGAGUGACGAUCUUCGGUGCUGCGGAGUUCUGGAGUCAGUUCUGGAAAACUGGUUUCCUAGGUUGAGUUUGAGGUGUGGCGGAAAUGUGUGGGUUCUAUCGGGCGACCUCUAG